UAUUGGUUAGAGCUUUGUGUUAAAUAAAUAUUUAAAUUAUAUACUUAUUGCAAAAUUGUAAAAUCGAAAGCCACCAUGUUCUUACCCAGAACGGAAAUUCGAUACUCCAAGGAGAUCGAAAAAAUGCCGUUCUGAUUUGAAUGCCCUUCAAGUUCAAUAUUUACAUAUUGAUCGAUCUUGAAAAUCACAUUCCAUCCAGCAAGCCAAAUAGCUAUGAAUUAUUCAAUAAAGCCAGAGGUAAAUUUAUAAAAAUGGCAAUUUGAUUAGGCACACUUAUAGGAAACUUCUUCGCAAAAGCAGGAAUCCAAUCAAAACAAACGGAAUGAUAUUUAUUUUUGGUGGAAUACAAAGUACGGGAGUGACACUCUCGUUUAUCAUUUAUUUAUUGUUAUUGAUUUUUGACAUUUUAUCAUUGAAUUAUGUAUAAAAGGGGGUAGAAGGCGCCAGAGCGAUAAAAACGGGAAUGACAAAGAAGAACAAUAACAGUGUGAAGAAAAAAGUAGACAUAUAGUACAAGUGCUCCACCAAACAAACCCGAAAGAUUUGAAGCCCCCUCUCAUUGUAUCGAUAUGGAUCGGUCGUUUCAUUGAACGAAUAUUGCCCCAAUUGCGUGUACUAUUAGUUUAGGUGGUGUGGUGGUAAAGUUUGUUACACAAAUGCGAGCCAUCAAAGCAAGUCAGUUACAAUCUCUUCCCGAUCGUGAUCGAAGGUUAUCAAUUAUUUUCGAUAUUGACGUCACUGUCGCAGACUUUGUAGGUGAAGCGCAUUUAAUUGAACGUAAUUUAAAAUAGAUAUAAGUUGUUGCUUUCGUCGUUCUGGCUUUAUUCUUCGGCUAUCAGGUCGCAGCGAUCUAUAUGACAGCCAGCAGACGGGGCAAUUAUUCAUAUGCUCGGUUCUGUGUGCGUGACAGUACUCGUUUGUUUGAGAAGCGCAUAGAAGGGCGCUGAAAACGGCAGGGAAGUGUGCGUGUUGAAUCGAUAGGAAUCAUCCAAAUACCUUGAAGUUGUUUACUUAUCUAGAUAGAAGCUUCUAUUCACAAGGGACCAGAAUGAAGACGGUCUACAUUUUUUAAUGUUUUUCUCUGCUCUUUAAAUAAGCGAUAUUUUCCUCAUAUUAACUUUGCAAGACCCACAAUAAUAAUAACUCAACCUUAGCUAGUGAGGAAAAAAUUCAUUCUGAAUCUGGAUUCUAGUAAGAGUUGUAUAUACGUUUUAAUGCUUAGCUAGUCAAUAAUAAUUGCCCAUGUGCAGUGAAGAACGCUAUGCUUUCUUCGUUUUGGGUAUUUAAUUAUUUGUUGCUUUGCACGGCGGGUUUAUUGACCCCCACGGAUAGUGGUAACUUUUUAUCGUUCUUGGGUCAGCAAAAAAUCGAAGAAAAAAAACGAGACAUGAGACGGAGGGGCAGUUGGGGAAGGUAUCCAGGUUCCAAAGGUUACAAAAAUUCAAUGCAAAUUACCUAAGCACAUAUCCGCCUCAUAAGUAAAUGGGUCGGGGCUCAUUAGCGGAGAUCUCUGGCGACGACGAUGAUCAUUACGGUUUCGGUUGCGAUUAUGAUGAUUUUAUAGGGGAGCACCAGCAGAAGUGCUACUGCCCACUUACGUCACCGGUCGCGCCACAGAUACAGAUACACAGGGACACGGAUACAGACACAGCGAUGUGGAGAUACGGAUACUUUGAAGCUGCGAACGAGGCGAUCCAUAUUUCUUUUUGAUUGAUCUACAGCUGAAGGCCGGCAUGCAAAAAUGCAAUUCAGGCAGGGAAGCUGAGGAGCAGCUCACAAAAACCAGAUACAGACACGGCAAAAAUAAAUUCCAGUGCAAUUAGCAGUCGCUUAUUUUUGCUUUUUGUUUUUCCUGACACGCUCGCUGACAUGCAAAGUUACUUAAACCAAACAAAACGAACAUUACACUACUCGUAGGAAACCAAAAAAUCAAGGGGAGGAGGUCGUCGUUUACUUUUAACCACUAUCUAAAAUGUCUAAAAUGACUUUUUCGAAAGUGGGGGUACGACAGAGCCCAAGAUGUUGGCCGUUACAAGCGACCAAACAGUUGAUGGAGUAAUUACAGACAGACCUUUCAACCAAACAAACGAGAAACUAUUUAUUUUUGACAUUUUCCGCUUUUUUCUACCUUGCCCAUUCACGUCAAUCACCGUGAACAUUGAAAAAGUGUCUCUUUGAUAAUUUGCUGAUGGCGACUCUAAUUCUCUGCGGCGAAUUAAAAUAUUUUCGUACAUUUUAUGACAUUUUAAGCGAAUUUUUGGUCAUUAAGGCAGUCAUAAAGCGGCGAGUUUAGUAACCCGUAAACCAGGAAGACAGCGAAUCGUUUGGCCGAGAUUUACUAGCCAUGAAUCACAGUGACGAAUGAGUCACGGAAAAGUGGUGAUUAAAUCUAGGAUAAAACAUUUAUAAGAUCUUUUAAAGGCCAAGCUCAGAUACAUUUUAUGCGAUGGUUCUAAUUAGCAUCAGUUCUCAAAGUAAAGCGUUCGCAAACGUGUUUUUUUUUAGAACAAUAAACCAUCCAGCGAAUCCAUUGAAUAAAUCAUAAGCUGAAUAAUUACUAGUGGAGCCACUCAAUCAAAUGUAAUUCAUGGCAAAAAAUGUGCCUCUAUCAAAUUGAAAAUCGGCCAAGCGUGUUUGAUUUAUUAAAAAAUAAAUUCCAUUUAAAUACAGCUUAUUCCCGCGUUAAUUAGUUUAUUAACCUAACUGUAGUCGUAGCACUGCCACUGACUAUUGUGAUCGUAAACAAAGAAAGCUUUCAAAAUUAAAAUAAACUAUGACAGAUGUGAUUUAAUCGCAGCCGAAUUAAAACGAACAAUGUGACAUCAGACCUGCGUUAAUCAGUAGUACUACUACUAUGUAUUUCUUCUUUUAUUCGCUUUGUGAAAAUUCCUUCAAUCUGACAGAACGAAAAGCAAUCAAUCUUUUUGCGAACCUCUCUCUCACGUCCUAAGUAAGCGUAAUUUAUGCGAUUUCAUUUAAUCGCCAGCAUGUAGAGCAAAUAAUCGUUCGUCACUCCAGAUUUGCCCGCUUUCCGCAUAGCAGCCAAUUAAGAGAGUUCACUUCACUUCACUUCACGGUUGGCAUUAGCCAUUACCCACUGUCAUUAGCCAUUAACUUGGCUUCCUUCUGCUUCUACCAUUUGAUACAAAUGGUAAAAAAGUAAAAAAGUAAAGUAAUGCGUUAGUUAGUUAGUAAUCGCGUAAACAAAACAUUUUCCUACGCUCGACGCUUUCUAUUUUUUGACUAACAUAUUCUGCGUUUUGGUCCCGUUUAAGCCGCCGGCGACAGGCGUAUUAAGCCUUAUCUUAAUUAUAGAUCAAUUAUGGUAGUGGCUCUGCCCACCGAACGCCAGCCAAAUGUACAUAUGUAUAUAUAUUCAGCCGCACAUCAUUAAUUAUAAGUGCAAACUGAAGUCGGCCAUAUGGGAAAGCUGAAAGCUAUAAGCCAAAUGCCAAAUGCCAAAUGGAACUCCAAAUUAACUAAUUCGCUUUCUUUCAGAUGAGUUAUGUGCUAUUCACGAGUGUUUGGACCAUUUUGUUUGACAAGUAACACUGUUUAUCGAAUCCAAAGCAGCAGGAAUGCAUUUUGAUAAAUUUAAAAUAAAUAAAGUAAACAAGCAGGGCGAUAUAGCCGACUUUACACUUUCAUUUCAUAUGCAAAAUGGAAACAAACGAUGGGGGUAUGUCCCGCGUUGAUUAUUUCGCAUUAUUUUGUACAAAUUGCACAAUUACAAUUAAAUUAUACGGCCUGGCGUAAAAUGGCUGAUUAAUGUCAGUAAACCACACCCGAAGUUCCCCCUUUGGACCCACAAAAAACCAAUAAUGCCAAAUGAGAGCGAACGAACAGAUGUGCGGCGAUAUUCAAUUUAUAUGUUUCCUAUACAAAAUAAUAACAAUAAUUAUUCUUAAUAAUUACUGCACUGCUGGGGCCGCAAUGUGUGCCUUUCGAUGGCCAUCGUUAGUAUGAUGACCGACGCCUUUCUGAGGGGAUUACUAAUAGUAUGCUGUCUGGUUGUGCCGAUUCUAUGGCAGCCAUCGCUGGCAACCCGCGAUUUCGAGAUACGUUGGAGGGACAUCAACUGCUCGGUCAUUGACCCCACUACGGCGGAGAUCUUUAAGUGCGACAUCGUGGAAAUGCCGAAGAAGCAGGGCAAUUUCCUGAACACCUUCCUCCUGCUGCGCCGAGCCGUCACGAAAAUGUGGGUGGAGCUGAGCGUGGGCCAGAUCGCCAACCGAAAGGAUCGCCUGCUUCAGCAGCUCUUGAAGAUUCGAGUGGAUGGCUGCCACCUGAUUGAGUUUCGCAGCAAGAACCGCAUCCUGAAUGCCGUGCUCCACAAGCUCUUGCAAUCGGGAAACUAUCCAGAUACCUGUCCCCUUUUGGCGAAUGUCAACUAUACGUCCACGCGAUUUGCACUCAAUCCGGAUCAUUUUCCGGCCUACAUGCCGGACAUGAAGUUCAACACGAAAUUGGUCUUCCAGCUGAGCAGGAAUACGGGUCUGAUCCGGGCCAGUGUGGAUGCCGAGGUGAUGAGACGAUCGUAAGGAGAAAAUAUUUCAAUAAAGCACGAAAAAAAAUGUAUAUAUAAGGAAAAUCACAUAAGCCGGCGGCAAAUACCUAUGUACAUCGAUAUAUACUCGUAUUUGUGCGUUUCCAUGACUAA